AGUGUUUACAUACUUGCUUUCGGAAGAUGCAUUAGGGCAGUCUUCAGAAUGAGAAUGACUCACUUGAAUUUGAGAACCAUGGAAGUAGACAUAUGAAUAAUUUUCUAAUUUUAUCUUAAUCCCUUUCCCGUAUAGUAACUUAUCCUAUGUCGAGUGGCGGUAAGUAAACUUUCAGGAAAGUUUUAAGUUUGCAACAAAUGAUGGGGUUAUGGCUUGGGCUUUAAAAUGCUUAAAUGUUCAAACAAAAAAUUGACAUGAAUCAUUCAUCCACUAGUAGUUGAAGUAUAAAAUAUAGUAAGUUAUAGUAUAGUUAAAAGCGUGUAAAGUUGCAUAAAACUUAUUAUCGUUUAUUAUAGUAUGUAUAUUGUAUUAUAGUACAAAUAAUAUGUCUUGGUUUAUAUCAAAUCAAUCGUGAUUUAAUUUAUAUCAAAUAGUGUCACAAAAUUUAAACUUUUAAUUUUAGGCAGUGUCUACACAUCCGGCGCGCCGGACGUAUAUCUCCCGCACUAUCUGUCCGGCGACCAAGUCACAUGACCGCCGGAAGAAUACUUUAUCGAGAUAUUCGUCCUGCGACCAAGUCACAUGACCACCGUAUCAAAGUGGCUCGAGAUAUUUGUCCGUCAGGCUCAGCCUUGUCACAUGAAUGCGAAUAAUUCAAAACUAUUGUUCAUUUUAAAAUCUGUUUCUCCAACAAGUAAUUUACUGAGCAUCUUGCAAACGAAUAAUAGAAAGAAAAAAAACACUUGGGGAUAUUACCAAAACAAAGUGGAGGUUAAGCAAUAAUGCAUUCUAGAAGGAAGCAAUCCUAAUAGGGAGAGAGAAUUAUGGUAAUAAAAAAAUACGAAUGCUAAAAGAAUAAUACUGAGGGUGAUAAAUAAUAAAGUUUAAGGCGGGGAGGCCAGUAGUUUACAAAGAAAUACACCCUACAUUUUAAUAUAAGGCCGAUAUAGUAGUAGCCUAGCCUACUUCUCAUGCAAUACUAAUCCUAAAAUACAACUUUAUUGUCAUAGACAUUGGUCUAUUGAAGUCUACUGGUCUUAUUUUAUUUUGUUCAUAUUUUAAACUGAGGCUUCAACUUCAAGGUAGAGCUUUACAAGAUGUUCAACCAAGAUGAGGGACUUUUUUCUUUGAAGAGUCGGAAUCAAAUAGACUAGUAAUACUAAUAGUAGUUAGUAGUAGUAAUAGUAGGCCUUACUACUACAUGUUACAUGUAGUUAGUAUAUAGCCCAACUAGUUUAAUAUUCAAAGUCAAACACUUAAUGUAUCUCAGAGCAUUUGAAUAUAUUAACAUGUUCAGCAUUUAUUUAUUAUCUAGGAGGGAUCGAAAUAUCAAAUGCAAUGCCAAUGCCCCUAUUUUGCCGGCGACCACUUGUUUUAUGACCUGCCGGAAUAAUAACGCCUACCAGUCGUCCGACGGUCACGUGACAUGCCUGCGGACGUAUAUUGUAUAUCUCCUGAACUAUUUGUCCGGCUAACGGACGUGUAGACACUUUGUUAAUUUUAAUAGUUUUAACACCCUCAAAACACAUGACAUAACAACACACCAUAGCCAUUACAAUUUACAAAUGGUGACCCCACAAAGUGCAUAUUUUAAUUCUUUUGAUUGCCCCUGCCCUAACCUGAUAUAGCCAUAUUAUGUUUAGCGAUUAUUGUUUUCUUUAUAAUUUUCCUUGGGCUUGGGAGUCUACAAAAAUUAAUUAUUAUUUUACAACUUCUCCAGCCAAUCUAGUCUCUAGUCUAGACUAGAGAAUUACACUGACUGACAUUUUGUUUUUCAAAUUUAUAAUAUAAUAUUUUAUAAUAAUAAGUUUUUCUAACAAUUUCCUUUUAAUCCAUUUUAAUAAAUUCCCUUUUUUUAUGUAAAUUAUUUUUUAAUUUCUUUUUGUACAAAAUAGCUAAUUACUGAAACAGAAUAACUAGAUAGGAAACAUAUUUUAAAUUGUGCCCUUACCUAUGGCUACUUCUUUAAUUCAGUGACUUCCACUAUGUGAAAUGAAAUGCAUUAAUAUAUAAUUUGCCAGGACAUUGUGCGAUCCCUGAUAUGGAAAUUGAUAAAUUAGCUGAUUCAGGCCGUUGCCCCAUCCUAACUAAAAGUACGGGUUCAAAUUUGCCAUCUGAAAACAUUGGAACAGACUCAGGAGAGAUACCAUCGGGAACCUCAGCACUUGAACUUCAAGCAAAUGUGACUAACACUACAGAAGCUGAGAUUGACCUUGAAACAUCUAUCAAUAAUGGUAAUAAGAAUUGUUAAUUCCAUGCAAUUAAUUUUUUCUUUUCAUUUAAAAGAUAUUUUAAACUAAUUUCAUUCAAAUACUGUGUGCAAUGUUCAUUGAUUGAUAUUGAUAUGGUACAUUGAUUGAUAAUUGAAGCAACAUUUAUUUUAUUUGACCUGGAAAGACUUAUUUUAGUAGGAAAAUUGCAAAUCUAUCCAACCCUUACAGAAUAGCUGCAAUUAAUAUAUCAUUAUGUGAGCCAUAGGAUACCAAAAACAUGAAUCCGAUACUAUUAGUUAUAAUGUUUACUAAUUCACGAUCACAAAUAAUCCUCUAGCUCAGCUCUCCCCACUUUGUUUCAUGUAUGUAACUCCGAUACACAGUUUACAUUCUCCGCUAGGAAUCUUGUUUAUAUUGUGUCUAACAACAUGUCUCUCGAUAAUCAUAUCUCUCACAUUUGCAUACGCCGCUAUUCAUCAGAUCAGCUCCAUCCACCAAUACCUCACAGUUAGUGCAACAAAAACCCUAGUCUGUGCUCUAGUUCUCUCUCAUCUUGACUAUUGUAACUCUCUGCUAUCAGGUUCACCAAAACACUUAUUAGAAAAAUUACAAAAGGUUCAAAACUCAGCUGCGAGGCUAGUUCUGAAGGAACAAAAAACGUGAUCACGUCACACCACUACUUCAUUCACUUCAUUGGCUCUCUGUACAAGCACUGUGGACAGGCGCCGGAGACAGUAGAGCACCUUCUAGCCAAGAGCUCGACAUUAGUGACUGGGGUGCUCUCAGCCAACCACGUCGAAAGCCUGAUUUACGGGACUGCCCAGCAGAUGAGGCAGGCCUGUUCCAUAAUUGCCGGGGCCGUUAAAGAGCAAUAGCUCGGUCCCUUAUAGUGAAUGUAAUAUUUCAGUAGUAAAUUCUCCACUGAGGCAUUUUAGAACCAAAAUUUAACUCUGCCUGGCAUUUUGCAUUGCUGAAUUAUGGAUGGGAGAGUAAAAUUUUGGUUCUAAAAUGCCUCAGUGGAGAAUUUAGGUUGUAAUAAUGACUGACAAAGUAGAAUUGAUUACGAGUUCUUUCUCCUCCCUAAUGAAAUAAUUAAUUUGUAUGCGAGAAAAGUAGUUUCAUAUUUCAAACAUCGCUGUUAUAGAUGAUGUUUUAAAAUUAUUUUUUUUUUCAGAUUAUUCAUCUCCCCUGACACUAGACCAGCUGGAUGACGAUUCCCUCAUCUGCAUUGCUGCAUUUGUAGAUGCGAGGACUGUGAAGUAUGCUUUAAGUCAAGUGUGUCGUAGGUUCCUCUUGAUAUUUAGCUCUGAAUCCUAUUGGAAAUUCAGGGUUACAAAUAGAUGGCCAAACAAGAAAUACCCUGCUGUUACAAGUGAGUUUCUUAGUGGUGAUUAGUGAAUACAAUUUAUAUUUUACUUUAAAAUUGGACACAACACAAAAAUGAAUUUGGAAAAAUUACCUAGUAAUUUUUUAUGAGAAGAAUUUGAUAAGCUUUGCCUAUAUUGUUCCUAUAGAUUAAAACUGGUUAAUCGGAUAUUAAUAAAUGCCUUACAUCUAUAUUAUUAUAUUUUAUAUUUGAAAAACUUACAAGUAGGCCGUAUCACAGCUCAUCACUGAAGCAUUAAAAAUUUUAUAGAAGGUCUGAGGAUAACUAAAAAUAGCUUUUUGAAUAUGUCCUUUUAAUUAUUAUAAGCCUUUGAAUGCACCAAUAAGCUUAUAUUGUUUAUCAUAUAAACCUCAUUGUGUAACCUGUUUCACAAAAUUCCAAUACAAUGAAGUUCACACUAUUUUUACUAUACAAGUACUAGAUUAUUAUUAUAAGUAAAAAUAAAUGGAUCUUAUUUUUUUUAUUUAAAAAAAACAAAAACCUUACUGAUAUAUUUAUAAUACCUGUUACAGCCCCCCCAAAUUUUAAAUGGGAUGAUGCUUGUGUGGAACUGGACGAUAUGCAAAGAGUGUGGUCAGAUCCUGAGACUUUUACAAAUCACUUUAUGUAUUCCUGUGAUGUUUUUGGUGCAAUUGAUUCUGUACAUCUUAUGAAAGUGAGUCUUGCGUUAUGAAUAGUUUCAUAAUAUUAUUAUCUUGUGAUAGUUUUAAUGUAUAAUCUCCAAUUUCCAAUGAUCUGAGAGUUGAACUUGAUGCAUAGUAGGCAAAAAUUAUUAAAAAUUGUGGUCAAAGAUUGAUUAUUCAAAAAAAUAUUGUGAGUUAACUAAAGUACUCUGCUUGGCAGAGAAACAAUUUCCAGACCAAAUGUUUGGUAACAUUAAAUUUAUUUAUCAAAUUGUGUAAUUAUUAUAUUUCCAGGAUGGUGAGAUGGUCUUGUCUGGUGAUCGUAAUAGGAGCUUAAAUUUUAUUGAUCUGACUAAAUACCCUGGUUCAGGUGCCAGUGAGGAACAAAUGAGGGAAAUGUUGAUACACUCUGACAAAUCUCAUGAGGUUAGUUUUGACUAGAUCUUGGUUACUCUACACUCCAACAAAUCUCAUGAGGUUAGUUUUGAGUAGAUCUUGGUUACUCUACACUCCAACAAAUCACAUGAGGUUAGUUUUGACUAGAUCUUGGUUACUCUACACUCCAACAAAUCUCAUGAGGUUAGUUUUGACUAGAUCUUGGUUACUCUACACUCCAACAAAUCUCAUGAGGUUAGUUUUGACUAGAUCUUGGUUACUCUACACUCCAACAAAUCUCAUGAGGUUAGUUUUGACUAGAUCUUGGUUACUCUACACUCCAAUAAAUCUCAUGAGGUUUGAUGUAAGUAAAUCUUGGUUACGCUGUUCUGUUUUUUCUAUCUUACUCCACUUCAAAUCCCAGACUUUAGUGUAAAUAAAUCUAUCAAUAAGUUAAGAUUCAAGUCAAAACCUUCUAAAUUUCAUAGCAUCUAUUACUGUGAAUGUCUGUCUGCAGCAGCAGUUGUUAAACGUCCCUUUCACAGGGGUCGCCUACGACCAUCGGAAAACACAUGUACUCUACAGUUAUGAAGUAACAACGAAAAUAAUUAUAUGGUUGGAGGUCAUCACAACAUGAGGAAUUGUAUUAAAGUGUCGCAGCAUUGGGAAGGUUGAGAACCACUGGUCUACAGGAAAAGAAAUUUACUCCGGAGGCCUGGGCCUAAUAAUUAUUAGCCAAUCCCCUAAAGCCAGUUUAUUUAGUACUGUAAAAUCUUGAGUAUAAUACUAAAGCUUUAUAUCCCUUUACUAGUGACUGAAGUGGGAGUGCAUAUUGUACACAUGUAAUCAAUUUAUAAACUGUUCCACUGUUAUAAAUGUAAGAUGCAACAGCAAAUUAACCACAGAAUAAGCAAUAAAUGUUCAGUAUAAUUGUCCUUAAAGCUUACAACCUUUUUCAGGGCUGGAUCUGGUGUAUAACAUCGGUUGGUAAUAAGGUCAUCACAGGUUCAUGGGACACACAUAUCAGAAUGUUUGAUGCCAAUGCUGGGUGUAAAUUAACAAAUUCUUUCAAGUAAGGUGCUAACUAUGUCUCAUCUUUUUGUCAUAGUUUUCACAGCUGCUACUAUUCACUCUAAGUAAGCUGCCAGUUUUCCAGCAGCAUACUGUUUACCCGUGAUAUUCCUUGUAAAUGAAAUUCUUGUAUUAUAAUUUAGUUUAACCCUUGAACUCUAGAUAAGAAAGCUCAUUACUUCAGAAAAAUUCAUCGUUCAUUGUUACCAGGGUCAUCUUAUUAUUGCUAUGGAAACGAGAAUUAAUAUUUAAUGCAUGUGGCUAUUAGUUUGAUAUGAGAGUUCUACAACCUGGAUAAAGAAAGUUUACCAAGAUUGACACAACUUUGAAUUUUAUUACUAUCAUGACCUCCAUUGUGCCUCAAGUGAACCGUCUCAUAAUAUGAAAGAUUUUUAACAUUUUUUAAUUAAAUCCUUUAUAUUAACUUUGCUUUUGUGUUUUUAGAGCUAAACAUUUGGAUGGCUAAUUGACCCACUUCCUGUAAACAUAUCGAGCCGAAACUUUACACUUGGACUCGUACCUGAUGACAAAACAUUAGAUCAAAUUUUCAGCCCCAACCCCCAAAAAUCAGUUUUUCCUAUUUUUCAAGGGGAAAAUGAAGGAAAUAUGGUGACACUGCUUUUACGAAAUAUAAUUCCUGAUAACUGUGCUGAAUGAGAUUAGUUUUUUUUUUAAUAUCGUUGGUGCGUAAUAUUUUCUUGUGUUUUUCUGAAAUCUUGAAAUAAAUCUGCGAUGUAAAAUUGGGCGAGUCAUUAGAAUCCUAAUAUAGUUUGUGAAAAAGAUGUGGGUUUGUGAGUCUGGGGGAGGGCACUUGUUGGUAUUGUUAUAAAGUUCAUUACUUGUAUGCAUCUGUUACAUUUUCAGCCCCAGCCCCCAAUUGCUUGGUAUUACAUUUUAUAAAGGAUUUAUUUUUUAAAAAACUCCUUUUUUAAGGGUUGUUAAAUUCAAUGUUCCAUUCUCGUCAUGAUAUAUUCUUUGCAGAUGUAAGUCUCCUGUCCUGUCCUUGUAUGCAGAAGACAAUGAAGUUGUAGCCAGUUGUUAUGACAAGAAAGUUUACUUCAUUGACCAGCGCACGUCAAGUGUCAAGUCAAGAGUUUUCCACACCAGGGCUGUGCUCUGUGUCACGGGCAAUGAGAACUUUAUUCUUUCAGGUAGUGAGGACAAGUCCAUUUCCAUCUUUGACCGCAGAGCUGGCAAAAUAUUUAUGAUGUUCAAGGUAUGCUGUCAACAGUAAAGAAAUAUUUGUUUAAAUAGUUGAGAUCAUUUAUAACUAUCUUCAAUUAGUUGUGGUUUCAUAUUUUCAUUUAGUUGAUCUGCUUCAUAUCUUCAAUUAGUUGAUGUGCUUCAUAUCAUCAAUUAGUUGAUGUGCUUUAUAUCUUCAAUUAGUUGAUGUGCUUCAUAUCAUCAAUUAGUUGUUGUGCUUCAUAUUUUCAAUUAGUUGAUGUGCUUCAUAUCAUCAAUUAGUUGUUGUGCUUCAUAUUUUCAAUUAGUUGAUGUGCUUCAUAUCAUCAAUUAGUUGAUGUGCUUCAUAUCUUCAAUUAGUUGUUGUGCUUCAUAUCAUUAAUUAGUUGAUGUGCUUCAUAUCAUCAAUUAGUUGUUGUGCUUCAUAUUUUCAAUUAGUUGAUGUGCUUCAUAUCAUCAAUUAGUUGAUGUGCUUCAUAUCUUCAAUUAGUUGAUGUGCUCCAUAUUUUCACGGUCAGAUUUUCAAAUAUUAAAGUACAAUAGCUAUGAAUAAUAUAGAAUUAGUAUUGUUCCUCCGAAAAAGAAGGUCACACAAGUCUUGUAGUUAACUUCAUAUUAUAGUUUACCAUCACCCAUAUCAUCCUUUUGUUAACUAUUUUUUUUUUUGCCUUAACUCCUUUUAUAAACUAUUUUUGUGCCUUAAAUCUUUUCAUACAAUAUCUUUUUGUCUUAAAUUCUUAUAUAAAAUAUUUUUGUGCCUUAACUCCUUUGAUAAACAAUUUUUUUCUUUGAAGUUCUCGAUACUGAGGCUUUACCAUGCACCUUCUCUGUAGAAAGUCAAACCAAGACUUUUUAACUUUUAUGGUAUUAUGAGUGACCUUCAUUAACGUUAAGCAAGCUAUUUUCCAUUAACCGCAUAAUUUUAAUUUCUUUUCCAAUAGCUGGCCAGCUAUCCCCUUUGUUUGAGUUACAGCUGCAACCAGUUGUGGUUUGGUGACAAUAGUGGAAAUCUGAACUUACAUGACGGCACAGAGGGAGUCUUCCAAUAUGUUGGGGUAAGAAUGAUGGCACGGAGGGGGUCUUCCAAUAUGUUGGGGUAAGAAUGAUGGCACAGAGGGAGUCUUUCAAUAUGUUGGGGUAAGAAUGAUGGCACAGAGGGAGUCUUUCAUUAUGUUGGGGUAAGAAUGAUGGCACAGAGGGGGUCUUUCAAUAUGUUGGGGUAAGAAUAAUGGCACAGAGGGAGUCUUUCAAUAUGUUGGGGUAAGAAUGAUGGCACAGAGGGAGUCUUUCAAUAUGUUGGGGUAAGAAUGAUGGCACAGAGGGGGUCUUUCAAUAUGUUGGGGUAAGAAUGAUGGCACAGAGGGAGUCUUCCAAUAUGUUGGGGUAAGAAUGAUGGCACAGAGGGAGUCUUUCAAUAUGUUGGGGUAAGAAUGAUGGCACGGAGGGAGUCUUUCAAUAUGUUGGGGUAAAAAUGAUGGCACAGAGGGAGUCUUUCAAUAUGUUGGGGUAAGAAUGAUGGCACAGAGGGAGUCUUUCAAUAUGUUUGGGUAAGAAUGAUGGCACAGAGGGAGUCUUUCAAUAUGUUGGGGUAAGAAUGAAGCUUUUUUUAAAAAUCCUUAAUAUUAACUUCACUUUAUGGGUAUUACGGCAAAAUCUUCAGAUGGCUAAUUGACCCACUUCCCAUCAACCUAUCCAGCUGCAACUUGGCACAUAAACUCAUUGCCAAUGACAUCACAAUCUUUCAAAUUUUCGGCCCCAACCCCUCAAAAACAGUGUUUCCUGUUUGUCAAGGGGAAGAUGAAUAAAAUGUGGUGACAUUUAUUUCAUGAAAUAAAUGUUCAGACAACUAUGCUAAAUGAGAUUCUUUUUUAAAAAAUAUCCCAUCUGUUUUUGGUGCGUAAUAUUUUGUUUUUCUGAAAAAAAAUGGUGAAAUAAAUUUGUGGUGUAAAAGCCGGUGAGACAUUAGAAUAUUAACCCACGAACUGUGGCAUGCAUCAUUCUGGGGUGUGGAGCUUUUCAGAGCAUUUUGAGUGCCAUUUGAAAUUGCAUUAAAUGACAUAGAAAUAUUGAUACGAGACCCCUAUAAGUAUAUGUCUCUAGAAAGGUAAAUGGAUGGGGAUAAAGUUGACCAUAUUGCCCACCCCAUAAAAAAAUUUUGCUCAGUGUCUUUGACCUUGGAGUUCUCGCGGAAAAAAAAUCCACAAAAUGUCUUGCUUUCAAGUGCUCAUAUCAUCAUUAAUUUUUAUAGAUUCACUUAAAACACAAAUCUAAAUGUUGUAGCCAAUUCAUUCAUCUUUAAGUCAUUAGUCAAUAAACUAGAUUUGAAAUUGACAUCUUCUAAUCAGUUGCUGUUAUUUGCCUCAAUUCAUUUUAUUUUAUCAAACAUGCUAACAAUGGACCACAGAAAUAUUAAUAAAAUUAGCUUAAAAUUAGAUAUUAAAACAUAUGAUUUAAAAUUCAUAAAAAAAAACUUUAAAAUGUAUUUUUUAAAUUAAGUUUAUACACAAUUUAACGUGUGAAGUAGACAAUUUUACAAAAUGCGUAUAAGUUUUAAAUUCAAUCCCGCAGUCCUUUGAUGUGGGGCACACCAAGAAAGUAACGGCUGUGAUAAACACUCCAGGGGCAAUAUUCACAUGCUCUGGUGAUAAAACUGUCAAAGUGCUGGAACCAACACGAGAUCCAGGGGUGAUCACAUCACUGAACGUCCAUGAGAGAGAAAUAGCUAAAGUGAGUGUUCAUCCCUUUUCUUUUAGUCAUUGAUUCUUAGGCCUCGUGUACCCAAAUAAUAUUGAAAUUGCAUGCAUUAAGUCUUAAGUUUAUGUUGUGGAGCAAAAUAAUAAAAUAUCUGGGUUUUUUUAAAAAUUGUUUUAAAUCCAAUUGGUCUCUGAGAAAUGGAUGGGCUUAACCAAGUAACAUAAUAUAAUAACUAUACCAUGGGCUUAACCAAGUAAUAUAUAAGAACUAUAUCAUGGGCUUAACCAAGUAAAAUAUAUGAACAAUAUCGUGGAAUUAACCAAGUAGCAUAUAAGAACUAUAUCAGAGUCAUUAUUUCUACAUAGUUCUCCGCAAACGCAAAUUCGACCAUGCAAAAACACUUCUGAGAGAGUUGCAUUGGCUGCCGGUGCGUGCUCGCAUAGAGUACAAAAUCGCAACUUUGUGCUACCGCUGCUUACAUGACCUGGCGCCGUCCUAUCUGAAAGAGCUGCUACUGAGAGAGUUGCAUUGGCUGCCGGUGCGUGCUCGCAUAGAGUACAAAAUCGCAACUUUGUGCUACCGCUGCUUACAUGACCUGGCGCCGUCCUAUCUGAAAGAGCUGCUGACGCCUUAUGUACCCACUAGAGAGCUCUGCUCAUCCGAUAGUGGCAAACUCUCGACACCACGUGUUUGCCUUGAGACUUACGGAAAGCGCACUUUCGCAUUUGCUGGUCCAACAAUUUGGAACGCCCUUCCAGUCGAUCUCAGAAACAACCAGACACUGGAGUCCUUUAAAACCGAUCUAAAGACACAUCUAUUUCGCAAAUACCUUCUGGGAUGAUUGUCUACCUUAUUUUCCAGUUAAUGCAUAAUGGCUGUGUUGCUCCGGGUUGAAAUGGCUAGAAAGACUUUGAGAUUGUAUGCUUGUAGUUAGUUUUUGUAGUGUUGCGUUUGUUUUAUAUGUGGUUAAUUAUAGAUAUGUUUUUUGUUUACUUUGUACCGCGCUUCGAGCCUUUGGGGAUGAAGUGUGUUUUUGAAAUGAACUUUAUUAUUAUUAUUAUUAUAUUUCAGAUAGAUUACAAGAAUGGUGUGCUAGUGAGUGGAGGUGGAGAUGACUGUGUCGGAGUCUGGAUGCCAAAGCGGUGGGGAAAAGAAGCUUAUUGUCUUUGAUUUUAUUCUUGAGCACGCCAUGGUCUAAAAAUGCUGUAUAAAUACUUUUGAAGUGCAGAACAAAUCAUCUUGUAUAAAAUAUGAUUUUUUACAAUAUAAGAUGGGGAGAUGAUAGUUUCAGUUCCUUGUCAAUGUUUUUUAUACCUGGAACAUAGUGAAUUUUUUUUUAAAAACCUUGGUUUUUAUGAGUAUGACUUGCUAAUUAAUAAAUUAUUUUAAUGCUGUGUUAUGUUCAGCAUAAGAAAAUGCUGCAUAUGCUUUUAACGUAAACCACUGAUGUACGUCAAAUAUUCUGGCAUCUAAUAUAUUCCGAUGUCAAAUAUUCCGUCUAACCUUAUGUCAGACUAGUUUGUUUCAGAUAUCAUCCCUCACUUGGUGGCAACACUGACUAGUGUAUUUUAUACUCUAUGUUUAUUUCACUGUACUCUAGCACUGUAUAUUUCAUUGUACACUAUAUGUUUAUUUCACUGUACUAAACAUCCCCUUGGUACACAAUCAAGUUGCUACCUAAUUACAUUCAGCAGAAAAUAUUAAAUCUAACCCAAAACUGUUCUCUCUAUCUGUGCUCAAAAUCAUUCUCUCCCCUUUUUAACCCCAAAUCCACGCACCUGUUCUUGACAUGAAAAGAGUUCACACUCGUUCACUAAACUUAACUGUCAACAUCACCAUACACACUGCACCUCUGAUGCCAUGACCGUGACAUGAAAAGAGUUCACACUCGUUGACUAAACUUAACUGUCAACAUCACCAUACACACUGCACCUCUGAUGCCAUGACCUUGACAUUGCUCCCCCUUCUCUUUCCAGAUUCUAUGUACAGUAGAAUCAAUAUAAUUAUGGUCAGGUCAUGAAAUCAUACAAGUUUUGGAUAAAAUGUGCCUACACUCAGUUAUGAUAGCAUGAAAUUCCUCGGGAUAGCUUAUCUCCUCCCCAAAGUCGGUAAUAUUCCCAGUUUCCUUAACGCUUUUCCCGUUUCUACUUUAUCAUCGUCUGUUAGUUUUUCCCUAAGUCUUCUUCUUACUAUUCUGUCUUAACUGAUUCUUUUUAGUUUCAAAUUCUGUCAUGUUAUAACUAUCUCCUGUUUCCUCCUCUGACCAAUCACUAGUGUACGGAUUAUAGCAGUUUAUAUCAACUAUUCCGUCUAUUCUAGUACUAGCCCAUUCCUCCCCCUUCUCACACUUACUAUUGUCACUGUCAGAAUAUUAUUGACUCAUAAUUUCUUCUGCCUCUCUACCUACACACUGCUCAGCACCCUAUUUAAUCUGCCUUUGGAGUCCUGUCAAAUUCAUUUAUUGCUGCAGCAUCACCUACAUUUUACUUUCCCUUGGUUUAUGAAUGUUUCAAAAUAAUUAUGAUUUUUUUUUAAUAUAUGCCAAGCCUGAAGGAGAUAACAAUUAUUCAACAUUAUAGUUGAAUCUAAAAAGGAAUGCCCCAAUUUAAUAUCUCUUCCCCCCCAAAACAAUUACACGUCAUCAUUUGUUGAUAGCGUCAUCAUUUGUUGAUAGCGUCAUCAUUUGUUGAUAGCGUCAUCAUUUGUUGAUAGCGUCA